ACGUUGGAUAUUUGAGGCAAUGUUCGUGUUCGAGUCAAACAACCUUACUUCAAACUUAUAUCUGAACACUGUUUCUGCUCUUCGCUGAUGAACAUGGCCGAAUUUUUCGUCUUCGAUAUUGCAGAAUCACUGCUAUGUAAGCUUGCUUCUCACGCUUAUGAAGAAGCUUCUCGAGCCUAUCAUGUGUAUGAGGAUUUUCAAGGGAUCAAAGACACUUUGUCAAUUGUGAAAGGUGUACUAUUGGAUGCUGAGGAGAAGAAGGAACAGAAGAAUGGCUUGCGUGAAUGGCUGAGGCAGUAUCAAUGCGUCUGCUACUAUGCUGAAGAUGUAGUUGAUGAAUUUGAUUGCCAAACAUUGCGAAAGCAAGUUGUGAAAGCUUCUGGCAGCAUCAAGAUGAAGGUAGGACACUUCUUUUCUUUGUCCAAUCCUCUUAUUUUCCGUCAUAGGAUGGCUCGUCAAAUCAAAGAUGUUAAGGAUAGAUUGAAUAAGAUAGCAGCUGAUGGGAACAAGUUUGGCCUUGAGAGGAUUGAUGUUGACCAAAGAGUUCUGCAAAGGAGAGAAAUGACUUAUUCCUAUGUCGAUGCUUCUGGUGUGUUAGGAAGGGAGAAUGAUAGGGAAGAAAUCAUCAAGCUUUUGUUGCAACCUCUCCCUGAUGGUGGCUGUGAUCAAAGCCUGUGUGUUAUUCCCAUAGUUGGAAUUGGUGGCUUGGGGAAGACCACACUUGCGAAGUUGGUGUUCAAUGAUAGGAGGAUGGAUGAAGUUUUUCAAUUGAAGAUGUGGGUCUGUGUCUCUGAUGAUUUUGAUAUUAGGCAGAUCAUUGUUAAAAUCAUCAACUCUGCUUCUGCUUCUGCUUCUGCUUCAGCUCCAACAAUUGCUCUUGGUCUCAAAGAAAAUGUCAACCACUUAGACAUUGAGCAGCUACAGAGAAUUCUCAGAUAUAAACUUUUUGGUCAUAAGUUUUUACUCGUCUUAGAUGAUAUAUGGAAUAAUGAUCGUACAAAAUGGAUAGAGUUGAAAGACUUGAUAAAUACUGGAGCUGUGGGAAGCAAGGUCUUGGUGACAACACGUAGUAACUCAAUUGCUUCAAUGAUGGGCACUGUUCCCUCCUACAAUUUAGCAGGCCUUUCUCUGGAGAAUUGUUUAUCUCUGUUUGUCAAAUGGGCAUUCAAGGAAGGCGAAGAAAAUAAAUAUACAAAUCUAGUGGAGAUUGGAAAGGAUAUUGUGAAAAAAUGUCGAGGGGUUCCAUUGGCAGUAAGAACAUUAGGAAGUUCCCUGUUCUCAAAUUUUUCGUUAGAUAGUUGGGAGUUUGUAAGAAACCAUGAAAUUUGGAACUUAAAACAAAAGAAAGAUGACAUUUUACCGGCCCUUAAGUUGAGCUAUGAUCAAAUGCCAUCCAAUUUGAGGCACUGUUUUGCUAUGUUUUCUCUUUUCCCUAAAGAUUUUGGCUUUAGUACUCGUAAAUUAUUUAAUAUUUGGCUGGUAUUUGGAUUGCUUCAAUCUCCAGAUGGAAGUCAAAAUCUAGAGAAUGUUGCAAGACAGUAUAUUGCCGAGUUACAUUCAAGAUCAUUUCUUGAGGAUUUUGAUGACUUUGGUCACUUGGACUAUUUCAAAGUACAUGAUUUGGUACAUGAUCUUGCACUGUAUGUUGCGAAACCAGAGUUUCUUGUGAUAAACUCCCACACUCGCAAUAUACCUGAGCAAGCAAGGUAUUUGUCAAUUGUUGAAAAUGUUCCACUUAGCCCUGCUUUGUUCCCCAAGUCCAGAACUGUGAGAACUAUGUUAUUUCCCGUCGAUGGAAUAGGUGUUGACUGUGAAGCUCUAUUGCAUACAUGGAUAACAAGAUACAAAUACUUACGGCUUUUAGAUUUAAGUGAUUCUUCAUUUGAGACCCUGCCUAAUUCAAUUGCUGAAUUGGAGCAUCUGCAAGGCAUCGAUCUAUCAAAUAAUUGCAAAAUAAAAAGACUUCCUCAUUCUCUUUGCAAACUACAAAAUUGGAAACUUUUGUCAGUCAGAGGAUGCGUGAAUCUUGAAAAAUUGCCUAAAGGGUUAGGGAAGUUAAUCAGCCUUCAACAUUUGUAUAUAACCACAAAACAAUCGGUUCUGCCACAGAAUGAAUUCGCAAGCUUGUGCAAUCUGCAAACUUUGAGUUUUGAAUAUUGUGACAAAUUGAACUUUUUGUUCAGAGGGGUACAACUCCCUUCCCUUGAAAUUUUGCUUGUUCAAUCAUGUGGGAGCCUAGAGUCCUUACCUUUUUAUAUUCUUCCUGAAUUAGAGGUUCUACUAGUAAUGCGGUGCGAUAAGCUAAAUCUAUCGUUGACCUAUGAAACCCCAAUCCAAAAGUUAAGGAUGAAAUUUCUGCAUCUUGAGCAUUUUCCAAGGCAAAUGACACUGCCAGAAUGGAUUCAAGGAGCAACUGGCACUUUACAGACAUUAUUAAUUUUAGAUUUUCCUAAUCUUAAGAUGCUUCCUGAAUGGCUGACAAGAAUGGCUCGUCUUAAAACACUCCAUAUUGUGAACUGUCCUCAAUUGUUAUAUCUCCCAAGUGACAUGCCUCACCUCACUGCUCUUGAAGAUUUGACCAUAGAUGGUUGCCCUGAGUUGUGUCAAAAAUGUCAACCCCAUUCUGUUGAGUACUGGCCCUUGAUUGCUCACAUCAAACACGUUUCCAUUGCAGAUCCAAGACAGGAGGGGAAACUCGUUUAUCGAAUGCAAUCGCGGCUGCGGUUGAAUUUGCGCGGACGUUUUGAUCUUUUACUGGUUUUUCGGUUACCAUAACUUCUUCUUGCUCUAAGCUCUAUGAUGGAUAGAACUCCAUAAAUACACAUGUAUUCCUCUGUUUUGGGUCACUAAACCUGCUUCUCUUUUCAGAAAAAAGAACACCAUCACAUUUGAGUGAGUGAGAAUUUAGAAAAAUCAAAAGUGUAUGGAUUGGAAAAGGUGCGAAUCUGAUUAGUAAUGGCUGGAGAUUAACUUUUGUUUUUGAUUCCAUACUAGCUUUCGUAUGUCUAUUCAUCUUUCAUUUGGUAAUAGAGCAUCAUGUGCUUAUGCCUUGCUUUUUUUUUUUCCCCAAAAUUUGAAAGUUUUAAUUGAU